AUGGCAGACGAUUCCUCUGCCUCCCCCUCUGUUCAGCGUCCAAAACCGACACGCACAGCGACGACGGGCACAGUCCGGGCUCGAGCUUCUCCUCCCCCUGGCCAGUCCUCAGACCAGCCCAACGACGGCAGACCUCCCACAAAACGAGCUCGCAAAGCCAUAAACUGCGAACCGUGUCGAAACAGCAAGCUCAAAUGCGACAGGAAUCGUCCGUGUUCUUCUUGUGUAUUGCGGGGUACUUCUGCGAUGUGCUAUCAAGAUGGUCGAGGUCCUGAAGGUAGUGAUCCCCUUGGCCGCGGAGAUGACAACAACUUCGCCCGUAUCGACCCAGCUCAAGAAAUAGCACGCCUACGGCACUCGAUAUCGUUGCUCGAGGCCUACGUAUUCCCUGCCCACAGAAAUCACGCUCUCAACCACCGUCGGAUUAGUGACGCUACAUCCUUUCUGUCGCCCAAAAAGGAGACCCAAGAGGAUGGCGACAAAUCCAACAUGGCCCCCGGGAUGCUGGGAAGUCAAGGUCAAGGUGGUUUAUAUGCCGGACCCACCAGCGCGGCCACGCACCUACUUAUUACCGACAACCGCGACUCCGAUGAGGGAGACAGUCGACAACAGAGUCAAGACAGAGCUGACGAUUUCCCGCCGACCCAAGCAGACUAUGACCGCGACUUGCUGGCCAUGCUCCCAUCACUGAGUACUAUCGACACGCUCAUCAAUCACUAUUUCGAGUACUGCAACUGGAUCUACCGGCACGUCAAUCAGCCCUCUUUUUCCGUCCAAUGGGACCGAUUCAAGAACGGUAUGUCGGCGGAUAGGAUAGUUCUGGCCACAGCUUGCGUCAUGAUGGCCAUUGCCGUCCACUAUCUCCCCCAGGACCACCCCGUCCUGGAGAGCCUCCUGAAUAACGACACGCAUGAGGAGCUCGGCACCAGGUUCUAUGAAAUCUCUUCGACGGCACUGCAACGAAGGCUAUCUGAAACGCGCGCAUAUAGCCUUGAGCUGGUCGAGCUGUUGCUCAGCAGAUGUCAUUUCUUAACGCUAUCCAAAACAGACAGCGAGGAGAUUUGGCACGUCAGGGGCGAGCUUGUCACCAUUGGGAUGGCAAUGGGGCUUCACAGAGAUCCAGGCAAAUGGAGAAUGCACAGGGAUGUUGCCGAACGGCGUCGGUGGGCCUGGUGGCACAUAAUCCUACUCGAACGUUGGCAAGCCUUCAUGUUCGGUCGACCACUUGCCGUCGCGUCUCACCAUUUCGACACUCAGCUACCCUCCUACUGUGACCCAGCUGUGGACAAGACGGGGCGUCUCUACCUGUUCAACAUCGCUCUCUUCCGGCUAGCGUUCAUUCUUGGCGACAUCAUGGAUGAUGCCGUUUCUGUUCGGCCUGUCCCCUACGAGAGUGUACAGGCGAACGACCGUGCCCUCACCCAGUGGAUGGAAAACCUACCGCCAGAGCUCGACCUCGAUGAAUACCGAGUAGCAAGAUGUCUUGCUUCGACCAAUCUCGCUACCCGUCGACAAGGAGUCCAGAGUGUCAUCAUUCGAACGUCCUAUUAUCAUAUCCGAUUCACACUCCACCGCCCCUACGCUAGCGCCAGUGCGAAUGCACCCAACAGCAAAUCUUCAGUGAGCCCGGAAAGGCAAGCUCAAAGCCUCGAAAUCGCCGUAGGGGCAGCUGACAAGCUGAUAACAAUGGUGGGACAAUCACGACCCGAUUUCCUGGCAAACUCAUCCCUGGCCGUCCCUGGACACAUGAACUGGGGUCCCUUCCACUGCUUCUCCGCCGCCAUGUUCUUCUCCUUCCAACUCAUCGCCAAUCCCGAUCAACCUGGCGCAGGUCUUUUCCGUCAGAGUAUACGAAAGGCCAUCGCCACGCUCGAACAAUGCCGCGGUACUGCAGUUGCCGACAAAGGCUACAACAUUCUCCAAGCUCUUACCCCGCUCUAUUCCCCCGAGUUCCCUAAAGCCUCACCUGAAGAACGGGAAAAGCAACGGGCUCAGGUUAUGGGUGUCGUAAAAAAGCUGGCAUUCCCCUACCAUGACUCCCAUGACCCACGCCGAUACGGAGAUUCGCCAUCUGCGCGGGGUGGGACAGUUGGGUCGCCCGCAAACUCGAGCUCUGUGAGCCCGCCUAUGCAGGUGAUGCAGGCUCUCCCUCAACAGCCGUACGAGAGUGUGCAGUCGCAUACAAUGUCUUCCAUGCGGACGCCUACAAGCAACGCCGUAUACUCCUCGCAUCCUCACCAACCUCAGCCUUCUAUGUCUCAUCAGACCAAUAGUAUCCAUGCUCUUUCACAAUCUCCUCAGGCUCAACCACAGAUUGUGCACCAUCCUCAAAGCCUUGCCGGUGUAUCAACGUCGUACCAACAACCCCAGUCGUAUGCCCCCAUGGGUCCGCCCACACAGAUGUACGCCGACAACAAUCGGUAUGGGAUGCCUUACGUUCACACAGUCGAUGAAACCAUCUGGGGUGCUGCCGUUGGUUUUGGCCAGGGUGAAUGGACGCAGUUUUUGGAUGGGUUUAAGCAGGAGCAAAGCUCAGGCCGACACAUGCACGGUUCAUGACCCUGAACGAUGUCUACCACCGUGGCCGCUCGGGGGUCUCAUACUCUUUCAUUCUUUAUUUAUGAC